GCGGCAGCAGCGGAGGCAGGAGCUGGGCGUGGAGGCGCGAGGGGCGGGGCGGGCGGCAUUGCGGGCCCGCGGUUCGGGCGGCUCCUGCUCGGGGUCGAGCUCUGUUGCUGCCGGCGCCCUUAGGGCUGCAUCGUCCUCCGGCUUGGCCGGUUCACAGGGCCGCGCGCGGCUCGCUCAGUUGCAGCCCUGCUGCCGGCGCCCGGGGCGCUGCCGCGGCCGUGAGCCGACGAGUCCGUAAGGGCGGCGGGGCCGCGGGGUCGGGGCGCGGCGCGCGGGCGCAGGUCUAUGUCGCGGGCGGCGGCGGCGGCGGCGGCCGCGCAGGGACGAUGCGCGAGUACAAAGUGGUGGUGCUGGGCUCGGGCGGGGUAGGCAAAUCCGCCCUGACCGUGCAGUUCGUGACCGGCACCUUCAUUGAAAAAUACGACCCCACCAUCGAGGAUUUCUACCGCAAGGAGAUCGAGGUGGACUCGUCGCCUUCGGUGCUGGAGAUCCUGGACACGGCGGGCACCGAGCAGUUCGCGUCCAUGCGGGACCUGUACAUCAAGAACGGCCAGGGCUUCAUCCUGGUCUACAGCCUGGUCAACCAACAGAGCUUCCAGGACAUCAAGCCCAUGCGGGACCAGAUCAUCCGCGUGAAGCGGUAUGAGAAGGUGCCAGUCAUCCUGGUCGGGAACAAAGUGGACCUGGAGAGUGAGCGUGAGGUGUCCGCCAGCGAAGGCCGCGCCUUGGCGGAGGAGUGGGGCUGCCCCUUUAUGGAGACUUCUGCUAAGAGUAAGACAAUGGUGGAUGAGCUCUUUGCUGAAAUUGUGAGGCAGAUGAACUAUGCCGCUCAGCCUGACAAAGACGACCCGUGCUGUUCUGCCUGUAACAUACAAUAGCAUUGGAGCAUGGCUGCCCCGACAGGAGUCCUACAGUCUUGGAGGCAACAGGAACCUGGUCUGCUGUAUCACAGCCUGUAGGAUGGGUGGGGUGUGAGUCCACGGUGCACCAUGACCUUCAGGCCGGAUGGCCCCUGACACCUCUGAGUGCCUGUGGGUUCCGUGACUACAGCUUCUGCCUCUGUCCUCCAUACAUCUGCAACCUGAAGGCACCACCGCCAAGCUACAGGGUGACCUGAUUUGACGUGAUGAUGGCAUUGCCAUUGACAGUGACAGAAGCCACUGUUGUGUAAACUAAAAAUAAUCAUGAGAGAGAAACCAGAAGAAUUCCUAUGGUCACUAACAAUUAAAAUAUUUUGUUGUCUUAAAAAAAAAUAAAGGAGAAAUAUUUUCCUACAAGAGUCAGGAAUGGGUGGAGCUUCUAGCCCCUGUAUUCCAUCCAGUAAAACAGCAAAGCAGAGAGACUCUGCUCAGCUGACAUGUUUCUAGUUUUCAAAUUGAUGCCUAAUCGUAGAUAUUAUCCUAAUUCGUGACAUGAAAUUCACUCACAUAUCAAUCCUCAACAGAGUAAAAGUCAGAACAAGGCUGUGUGAAAACCCAAUCUGGCUUUAGAAUUUGUUGAAUCACCUGCUCUGCCACAGAAAAUAGUCUCUUGGGGGUUUAUGAGAAUUGAAUCGCACACCCACCCUGUGCUAACGGACCAGGGAUGGUCUCUAUUUACUGAACAAAAAAGAAUCGACUGAGAUGAAGAACCCAGCCUUACUAACGAGCCUCGUAGCCGAUUCACCAUCGCAGAAGGAAAGUGAAGCCAUGUUACACCCACGCUCCCGUCUGCAGACACCCCACAGGACAGUACAGACAUCGUGGCUGUGUGUGUGUGUGUGUGUGUGUGUGUGUGUGUGUGUUCAUGAAAGCAGUCUUUAUGGGCCAUGGUUGCGAUGGGACCCUUGGCUCACCUGCUUUGGAAAUCCAGUUUGCUGUAUCACAGCUUUAUUGUGGGCAUUUAAAAAAAAAAAAACAGAUUGAAUAACCUGUGAAAUAAUUUAGGCUUAAAAGCAGAGUAUAAAUUAUUUUAGGGAGGGAAGGAAGGGACACUAAACCUCUUCUCUUCCCUUUCCUGGAGCCUCACAGAAGCUUGUCAUGUCCUUGCCCACCCUGAAGGCUGAAGUGGCCACUGCACUCACUCUGCCUGAGCAAGCGAGGCUUCGGUUUCGAGGGGUGCUUACGCUCCAGCAUUUUUGGUCCUCAUGGCCGUGAAGUGUUUAUUAUUUGCAUGAGUAAUGGCACAGGAGAAAAAAUUGUAUGUGUGAGUUUCCCAAUCGAGCAUGGAAGGGUCCUCACCUCCCGUAGAGGCGUCAGUGCUGGUGGAUGUCUUGAGCCUGCCCUCUGAAGAUCAGUCUGGCCUUCAGAACCGCAGUGUCGCCAAGCCUGGAUGCACUUAGGGCCUACGCCUUCUCAGCUCCACAGUCUCCUGCAAGUAACCACUUUGUCUCGUGUGUACCAGAGAGAAGAGUGUGUUUGUGUGUGCAUGUGUGUUUAUCGUUCCUAAGAAUUUGGCACAAUUCAGAGGCCAUCGCCUCGACUUAGAAUCUAUACCACAGAACACAAUGUAUAAGCAAGCAUUCUUUUUAAUUAUUAGUCUCUUACAAGCCAUUGGAAUCUCCCCCACCCCAGGUAUUUAGUAGCUGGCUUUAAGUUUACAAGAUGGGGGAAGAGGUUAAUGGUGUUUAUCACAUGUGAGAAAAAAAUAAAUAAUGUGGGUAAAACCAGGUUGUGGGUGUUAGAGAGUCUUUGAUAAUUCACUGUCUUCAGCGCCAUUUUCCUCACUUAGGCAGUACCACAUUUUAUAGGACAAAAAGUCCUAACAGUUUUCUUGAAUUAAAGUUUAUUACGUAAAAGUUGAUUUUGACUCAGACAUAUUGAAAAAUUGAACUGAAGAAGUAUGUUUCAUCUGCUGAAGUAGAUAUACUAGUGUGAGACCUCUGAGGUCUCUAACUUGUCCAACUAAUUCUAAUUUUUAGAAUCCCAUAACAAACAGCAGUUUAUGAUAUUGCGUAUUAGAAGCAGCUGCAUGCACAGAUUCCACAGCUUCACAUCCUGGAUGGCCCUGCAAACACAGAAAGGGUGUGAGGCAGGAGAAACGGGCAAGGUGUGAAGUGGGGGCGUUUACUAGGCAUCUGGGCGACUUCCUAGAGCCCCGCGAUUACACCAGUUCUUCAUAGUACCCAGACAUCGCUUCCCUAGGCCAGACUGUGCCACGCCCUCUCCCUGUUCCUCUGCUGCAAGUCUGACUGACGGUUGUGCAUGAUGUUUGCCAAGAUGGGGAUAAAAACCCAAGGACAGGAAAAUGACACUUGUCAGCACAUGAAACGGCAGGGCGCAGAGGUGAGCCAGCCCAUCAAUGUUUCUUUAAAGCCUGAUCCGCCUAGCAACUAGAUAUAUGAAAGUUUGUUCUAACAUGCCUUAAAAGUAUGGUUUGACCCAAAGACCCACUAUUUCUUUAGCUAUUAUUUAGGGUUUUUUUCCCUUUGUUUUUUAUUUUUCACACAGAGCCAGGUGUUUGCUUUGUUUUGUUUUAGGUUUAUUUUAAGGUGUAACUUGCGGGUUCUUUUAAGCUAUGGCAGUGACGGUGACCAACUCAACGCCUUCCUCAGUUUCCACAAGACAAGCCAGCGUCUCCUGGGAAGCCUUCCAGGUGUUUCUGUACACUGAGAGGCGCUUAGAAGCUCCCACCCUCUGCUUUGUAGAAUUGGGGCCUGACAGGGCACUCCAGUUGUCCUCACUCUCUGCCGUGAUGUGACAAAACUACUGAUGCUUGCUUGCUCUCUGGGUCGCCCGCUACGCUGCCACGUGCGGUCCAGUGCGAGUGUUGCUGCUGGUGGUGAAUGUGAAGGGGCCUUGCCCUCCACUGCUGUCCGGUUGCUCAGUGGCUCAGUUUCUCCAUCAGUAGCCCCGCCCCAACCCCCCGCCCCGCCCCAACCCCACGCCCCGCCCCAACCCCACGCCCCGCCCCCACCCGUUAGCACUGGCUCAGCUUUAACUCUCCUCAGCCAAUCAGAUAUUAAAGACCGUGGGGGUCCUCUUGUUUAACUUGUCCUCGUGUGUCUGUUAAACCUCGAUCAGGGUUUCUAGAAUGGCUGCAGUAGAUUUUGAAAACAGACUUACCAUUAUCGAUUUGGGGUUUCCCAGAGAUUCAGUUCACAGUUAAUUGUUGAACUCUAAUACAACUGACCAUUUAGAAGUGAACAACAGCUUAUUGUUUUGUAACAGUGUCGGGCAAGCCCUGACCUUUCAAUUGAAACAUGGAUUGUCAUUAUAACUCAAUGCAAAUUCAACAGUUGUAUUUGGAGUUAAAUUAUUUUAACAAAUAAAUUUAUUUAAUGAAA